GCCUGUAUCUUCCUACCAACAAUCUCCAACUCUUCGUCAUCAAGAGAGGCUACCAAGAGCUCACGGCUCUCAUAGAUCUCGACCCCAUGACGAGCGAAGCAAUCCACUCCUGAGCCUUUCCUCUGCAACACGUUCCCCAGGGCAAGAGGAAUGGUUAGCAAGAGAAGCCGAUGAGCCGAGAUACAUUGUGCAAACUCAUACGCCUAUCAUUCAUCAACCUCAGCCAACACGGCGACGGCACCGGGUGAUCGAAACUCAGUCUCCCGACUUAGAUGAAGGUGCAAGUGCCGUAGCUGUUCUCGGUACCCUAAGACCUUCUGAUCGGAUCACAGCUGAAGAUAUUCGAUGGAACAUGUGGUUGGAAUCAAGAACUAAAUCGAGACAACAGCAGCACGCCCAGCCAAGUCGAAAUAAGGGGCCUUCAAGGCCCAUCAGCCCUAGUCUAAGCAACUAUUUGAACACCUCCAAUGACAAGUCGCAUAUAGGAAGUCUGAUAUGCACCGAAAAUCAAGGACAGAACUCACCGCAUGCGAACGAAGAGCCACAACCCAGGUCUUCGGAAACGUAUCCAUCUAGCAUACCUGCAUCUGAGAGCCAACACGAGCCAUUAGAUGACGAACAAGAACUACCUGAGCUACAAACAAGAGAUCCAUUUCCUAGUAUCCUGCCAGCAACAAGUUCUUGCGCUCUACCCAAAAGCUCAAGCUACGAAAGAAGUGAGACCUCUCCCAAAACUGGAAGCGACUUGGUUAUCCCAAUGGGCUCUUUCAUGCCUGUGAUUCCCAAUGUUCAAGACCUACUAGACCUCUUGAUUGCUAGCGAGGAACAGCAGGAGCCAAAUAUUGAGAACCAAACGCAACAAGAAAUAACACCAAAUACUGACGACGAAGACGAAAUUUGGAAGAAGUUCGUUCUUGACAACGAUAGCGCUGAGACCAGCCGUAAGGCCCGAGAGGAGGCACAUGAACAAACGAAAUGCGCACUGGGUUGGAAGAAGCCAAAUGUUCCCCGGAUGUUUAUAGAAUCAUCCUUGUCUUCAGGUUCGACAGCACCGCCAAGCGAUAUCGCAGAACCCCCUUCAGCAUCCCGAGGAGAAGCACCCUCAACUUUAGAACGCAACUUUAUUUUGGCAGAUGACCAAAUCCAAGAUCUACCAGGCGCAGAAUUGGAAGUCCCGUCAUCGGAAGCCGCCGCAAGGGCAGAUAUCGCGGACGCGGCCGACUCUAUCAUUGCUCAACCGGCCUCGCCUCAACCGUUACAGGCCGAGUUCAAAUUCCAUCAACCGCAGCUCUUUGUUGGUAGAUUAGCUAGUGACGUCCCCUCCACCAAAUCGCCGGUUUACUUGGAUGCGCCACGGAGCAAGGGAAGACGGCAACGAUCUAGAAGGCGCAGGGAUAAGGGGCGGCCUGAUUUCCGCAUCAUGCCAAACUACAAUGACGAUCCAAUUGAGGAGGACUAGCGUUAGGGAUUCGGAGAUAAGAUGGUUAACGGGAAGUUAGCUGGAACUCUCAUAUCAGCCACUUUCUCCAAAAUCACAAGCCUAUAAUUUUCGAAAGAUGUAUGUAAACAAACCAAAUCGAGAAGGCUCGCUCUUUUGUUCAUGAUACUUCUUACUGCGCUUUAAGUUCACAUGGAUCGACCCCGGUUCAUUGGACCAGGUGAAAGCAAUUGCAACGUUUAAGACUUCAGGCAAGUUGUCCCUUUCCUUUUGUUCUAGCGCAUCAAAACAAAAGUGAGUCAGAGGACGUCCAUGCUAGAAAAGCCGCAAACUAAGUAUGUGGUCACGAGCUGGAAAUGUAGUGCGCCA